AUGAGGAGGAGCUGCGUGCAGCUGGUGAUCACUUUCUCCCUCUUCUCUGUGCUGAUAUCCAUCUCUUGGGUUACUAGUGGUAUGGUUGCCAAGAGCUAUGUGUACAUAAAGUUCAAUCCUUUCUUCUCGUCCUUCUUCACGCAUACCUUGAAGAGGAAGUACAUGUUCUUGAUCUUCAAUGGCAUCCUUGCUUUCCUUGCCACUUCGGCGUCAUCAGAAACUACUUCAGCUUCUUCUUAUGCUCAUCAUCGUGAUGAGGGCAUGGUGGAGGAGGAGGGUUCAGCUGCGGUUCAUGAAGAUUGUGAUGAGAUUGAUGAUGGUUCUGAUGUGGAAGAAGGGGUUGUUCAUGAAGAAGUGGUUGUUCGUGAAGAGAAGAUGAUGAAGGUUCAAGGUGGGGAUUGUAGAAAUCAAUUUCAGCAACAAGGAGUAGAAAGAGUAGUAGAAGAAGAAGAAGUAGAGGAAGAACAAGAGGAGGAGGAGGAGGAAGAAGAAGGGUCAGAAUUGGAGGGAGAGGGAGGGAAUGGAUGUAGCACAGAGGAAAUGAACUCAAGGUUUGAUGAGUUGCUUAGGAAGAUGAAGGUAAGGAUGAUGUCUGAAUCCAAACAGCAGAAGCUGCUGCUGCAGAAGCUCAUACCCUUUAUCUAG